AUGCCACGAGACAAAGAAUUUGAAAAGGCUCUCCAAGCAGCCGAAGACCCGAAAAACAUCGGUCAAGGCUAUCAGGAGGAUAAUGAAUUAUCGGAUGAAGUAAUGACGAGAAAACUUCACUUAACCCAAGCCGAAUUAGAGGAUAUUCUUUUUUGUCGGAUUAGUAAAUUUACCCUCGACUACUUAAUGAAUGUUGCUAAAAAGGAAGAAUUUAGUCAAGUUUACCAAGAGCAACAAUGA